AUGGGGCAGGUCAACAUGGGGCAGGUCAACACGGCGCAGGUCAACGCGGGCCAGAUUGUCGAGUACAUCCCAGACCGCCUGUACCUCGGUGCCUAUGCCCAUCCCCCGACGGCUGACACCCUCUUCCCCAGCCCUGGCCCCGAAACUCCGAGGAAGCGCGCCCAGAGGGCUGCAGAUUACCCAUCGUCCAUGAGCAGCGGUCGUCAACCACCUUGCUAUUUCACCAUUGAUGACACUCUCUUGUACAACGCCUUUCAUCAUGACUUUGGCCCUCUGCACAUCGGCCACCUCUACCGCUUUGCCAUCCGGUUUCAUGAUAUCCUCGGCGCCAAGGAAAACAAGGACCGGCCCGUUGUCUUCUGGAGCGCCGCCGACCCGAGAAGCCGCGCCAACGCCGCCUGUAUGCUUGCUUGCUACAUGGUCUUGAUUCAGAAUUGGCCCCCCCAUCUGGCCCUCGCCCCCAUUGCUCAAGUAGAUCCGCCGUUGAUGCCUUUCCGAGAUGCUGGCUAUAGCCAAGCAGACUACGGCAUCACCGUCCAGGACGUCGUCUACGGCGUUUGGAAAGCCAAGGAGGAAAAGUGCAUCGAUCUCGACAACUUUGACCUCGAAAUGUACGAGAGGUUUGAGCGUGUCGAGCACGGCGACUUCAACUGGAUCACCCCCAGCUUCUUGGCCUUUGCCUCUCCUCAACACACCCCUGUUUGCAGGAUCACAGAGGGCUCGGAGCUGUACCCGUUGCUACCCAGGGAUUUGGCCGCCGUCGAGGCUCACCCAACCCUGCCGCAGCCCUUCAAGAACGUCUUGGCGCACUUCUCCGACAAGAACAUCGGCUUGGUCGUCCGGCUAAACUCUCAUCUGUACUCUCCCUCGUACUUUGAGGCUCUGGGAAUCCAGCAUCUGGACAUGAUCUUUGACGACGGCACCUGCCCUCCUCUCACGACUGUCCGAAAGUUCAUCCGGCUAGCCCACGAAACAAUCACGGUGAGGAAGAAGGGCAUCGCGGUGCAUUGCAAGGCCGGGCUAGGCCGAACCGGCUGCCUCAUUGGCGCCUACUUGAUCUACCGGCACGGGUUUACUGCCGACGAGGUCAUUUCCUUCAUGCGCUUCAUGCGCCCCGGCAUGGUUGUCGGUCCUCAGCAGCACUGGCUACAUCUCAACCAGGGCACCUUCCGAGAAUGGUGGGUUGAAGAACGGGUGGAGCGUCGUCUCAGGAAAGAGCUGGCCGCCGCCGCCGCCGCCAAUCCUGCGCCCAGCACCCCGAUCCGCGCCAUGCAGAAGACGAGCAUGCGCAACGGGCAAGCAAUGUCUACCCCCCCGAACCGCACCCCCUCGAACCGCACCCCCCUCAGCGAGCUCGACCAGGAUCGCAAGAACGGCGUGCAGGACGACUAUCUCCCAGCCCCCACGCCUGGCCAGCCCAGGAAGUCCACCCGUGCCGCUGACCGCCAUCACCCGUACCAGCGAUCCGGCGUUCAGAGGACGAGCAUUGAGGAGGAAGAGUGUCUCCAGCAGGAGACGGAGAUCAUGGCCAUGCACCGACACUCUCACGGAGCCGAUUCCGACGAGGAACUGCAUCUCCGCGUGCGCAGCCACCGCAAGGGAUCGCAGUCCCCCCUCCGCAGCAAGAAGGUCCGCGCCGUCAGCCAGACGACGUCCAUCAUUUACGUCGUCGACAACGACGCCUCGCAGGAUGCGGAGAACAUCAGCGCUGGCCGGCCCAAGACGAUGGACCGUGUCGCCAGCACGCCCACCGUCAUGUCCAAGGUGCGCAGCAGCAAACGCGCGGCCGCCGCCUCCGAGUCUCCCCUGCGAGCCAAGGAACCUGCUGGCGUUCGAAAGAUUAGCGGCCGCGUCGGUAGCGCCAGCAUGUCCGCCUCGGCCAUGGCAGCAGCGACCACGGCGCGGAAGGUGUCUGGUUCGUCGUCAUAG